CGGAAGGAGGCUGCAAAACCUAGCACUGGGGCCGAGCAACAACGCGCCAGGCGGUCAGGCCCCGCGCCGCGCGCCCCGCGCGCGCCCGCAUUUGCGAUUCCUUUCCCUCCUCGCGUGGCUACCCCCACGCGCAUUGUACCAGGACGGGGGGAUCCAUGGCGCUGGCGGCGCGACGGGGCUCCUGGUGGUAGGGCUCCUCCCUGGUGGCGGAUCUGGGGCCCGCGUCAUGGCGCUCUUCCGCAAGUUCUUCUACCGCAAGCCGCCCGACGGGCUCCUCGAGAUCACCGAGCGCGUGUACGUGUUUGAUUCUUGCUUCACAUCUGAUGUCUUUGAUGAUGAGAAGUACCGAGAUUAUAUUACUGACAUUGUUACGCAACUUCGGAGCCACUUCGCUGAUGCUUCAUUUAUGGUCUUCAACUUUCGGGAUGGAGAAAGUCAAAGUUUAUUGGCAAAUAUCUUAUCAAGCUAUGAUAUGGUAGUUAUGGACUAUCCCAGACAAUAUGAGGGGUGCCCACUCCUUACAAUAGAAAUGAUUCAUCAUUACUUAAGGUCGGGGGAGAGUUGGCUCUCUUUGGGACAGCAAAAUGUGUUAAUAAUGCAUUGUGAGCGUGGUGGCUGGGCUGUACUUGCAUUCAUGUUAGCAGGAUUGCUGUUGUACAGAAAACAGUUCAUUGGUGAGCAAAGGACACUGGAGAUGAUUUACCGGCAAGCACCUCGUGAGCUGGUUCAGUUGCUCUCGCCGUUAAAUCCUAUGCCUUCUCAGAUAAGAUACUUACAUUAUAUAUCUCGGAGGAACAUGAGCUCAGAGUGGCCACCUCAUGAUCGGGCACUUACUUUAGAUUGUGUGAUACUAAGAAACAUUCCAGGCUUUAAUGCAGAAGGUGGAUGUCGACCUAUAUUCCGUAUUUAUGGACAGGAUCCUUUACUUGCUACAAGUAACACCCCUAAGGUGCUCUUUGCAACACCAAAAAGGAGCAAAUAUGUUCGGCUUUACAAGAAGGCAGAUUGCGAACUGAUUAAGAUUGACAUCAACUGCCAUAUUCAAGGUGAUGUUGUCCUUGAAUGUAUUAGCCUUGAUGCUGAUCAAGAACGAGAAGAGAUGAUGUUCCGAGUCAUGUUCAAUACAGCCUUCAUUAGAUCUAACAUUCUAAUGUUAAACCGUGAUGAAAUUGACAUGAUGUGGGAUACCAAAGAUCGAUUCCCAAAGGAAUUCAGGGCUGAGGUUCUUUUAUCAGAAAUGGACACGGCAAAUCAAUUCGGUCCCAUGGAAGUUUCGGGUAUAGGAGAAAAGGAGGGCUUACCGAUUGAAGCAUUUGCAAAGGUUCAAGAGAUGUUCAGCAAUGUUGAUUGGCUAGAUCCGACAGGGGAUGCUGCAAUCCAACUUUUCCAGCGACUUACUUCAACAGAAAAUAUACAGUUGAGGCAAGGAUUCUUGUCUCCAAGUAAGAAAGAAGCAGAGUCAUUAGAGCUUGGUUCAAUUUCUCCAACCAACCAGCAUUCUGACAAUCUUCAACAAGAACCAAGCAACAUUUUACACCCCUCAGUUUAUGUGAACAAACAGGAAAGUGUUGGUGGCAGAAGAUUGACCCUGUUGCAGCCAUCCACUAAUUCUGAAGUCAAAACUGGAAUUUCUGUCAUCCAAGAAAAUCUAGGCUCUCUAAUUCACGAGGUUGACAGUAAUACCGAACAGUCAACUUCACUGGAAAAGGCUGUCCCGUCGACUGUGAAAUCUAUCGAACCGGUUCUUAAGGAUCAAAAUGCUAAGUUUGAUGAGCAACAUGGUUCAGACCAAUGCUCUUCACCCACUACAACUAUGUCACAUCGAUUUCCCGUUUCUAUUUCGUGCUCUGCUCUUUCUGGCAACUCCAGUCCUAGAUCACUUUCAGCUUGCCCAAGAUUCCAUAGCGCCCCUUCAGCCCUUGGAAUUACAACUCUGUUGGAAGAACAUGCUGGACACUCUAAGAGUUGUAGUUCAACCAUAACCUCGACUACAGUAUCAAAUGUCUCAACUGGUGUAGUCAAAAUUACAUCAAAACUACCAUCAGGACAACAUUCAGCAACAACAGGUACUCCUGUUAUAACAAAAGGUAUGCCACCAUGCCCCCCUCCACCAUCACCACCAUCUUUGCUGGUAUCAGAUGCUAUUAUGAUGUCAGAACCAAAAGACUCAUCUCAACCUGCUCUCAAGCAUUCAGGCCUUCCAUCUUAUCCAGAGAGACAAUCUACAUUUCAGUCACUUGAAACUAGUACUCUGCCCACGAAUCCUCAGAAAUCUUCAACUAGCGCCGCAAAUGAAUCGCUGCAAACUUCUGCUCCACCACCACUCCCACUGCCCAUGUCAUCAGCAACUUCCAGUUCUUCUAGUAUUUACCAUCUGCCUCCAGAUUCUGUGCCUGUCCCUCCAACUUCAUUCAGACCUCCAGUGCCAGCUACACCGCAACCACAAUCAUCGCCACUGCCACCCCCGCCUCCAGCCUCUCCUAGGUUUCCACCCUUUAGGUCUAAUGCACCAUCACCACCGCCACCACCUCCAGCACCUGCUUCUAGUUCGUCUCCUCUUAAUCUGACUGGGCCACCUCCAUUCCCACCUCCCCCACCUUCACCUAGGUGCUCUCCCAGAAGACCUGCACCGCCACCACCUCCACUACUUCCUUCUUCAUCUACCAUUAGAGCUUCAACGCCACCUCCAUCUGGAACAACUUCCGGUCCCCCUCCUCCCCCACCGCCAUGCUAUUCAUCAAAACAAUCACCCAACCCCAUGGGCAAUUCAAUGCCGUCACCUCCUGUUCCACCACCACCCUCCCAUGGAGGUCGCAGUGGAGCUUCUGGCAACGCUGUACCCCCGCCAGCACCUCCCGGUGGUAAUGCUAAACUGCUUGGUUCUCAGGGGCGUGGACCUGCACCUCCUUCAGGUCCGACGUCAAAGAGCUUUCACUCUGGUCAGGCUAUGUCCAGAAGGUCCAAUUUAAAACCACUUCAUUGGGUGAAAGUAACAAGAGCAAUGCAUGGUAGUUUGUGGGCAGAGUCACAAAAGCCUGACGAAACUUUAAAAGCCCCAGUGUUUGAUAUGUCAGAAUUGGAAAAUCUUUUCUCAGCUGUUCUGCCAAAUUCAGAUUCAAGGCGCUCAGACAAGUCAGGCAAUCGUGCAUCUGGGCCUAAAUCAGAGAAAAUUCAUCUUAUUGAUCUUCGCCGAGCUAACAAUUGUGGAAUCAUGCUUACCAAAGUCAAAAUGCCACUGCCUGACCUAAUGAGUGCAAUUCUGGCCUUGGAUGAUACUGUCCUGGAUGCUGACCAGGUGGACAACCUUAUUAAGUUCACUCCAACUAAAGAUGAAAUAGAACUUCUAAAGGGUUACAAAGGAGAUGAGCAAAUACUUGGAGAAUGCGAACAGUUCUUCAUGGAGCUUAUGAAAGUACCACGUGUAGAAUCUAAGCUGAGAGUUUUCUCAUUUAAGAUCCAAUUUCGUUCUCAGGUUUCGGACCUUAAGAGAAAUCUGAACAUUGUUAAUUGUUCUGCAGAAGAGAUAAGGGGGUCAGUCAAGUUGAAAAGGAUUAUGCAAACAAUUCUUUCUCUGGGUAAUGCAUUGAACCAAGGCACUGCCAGAGGUUCUGCUGUUGGGUUCAGGUUGGAUAGCUUGCUCAAACUAAGUGACACUCGCGCCCGUAACAACAAGAUGACUUUAAUGCACUAUUUAUCUAAGGUGCUUUCUGAGAAACUUCCGGAACUUCUAGAUUUUCCAAAAGACCUGGCUAGCUUAGAGUUGGCAGCAAAGAUACAAUUGAAGUCUUUAGCAGAGGAAAUGCAGGCUGUAAAUAAAGGACUCGAGAAAGUUGAGCAAGAGCUUACUACAUCUGAAAAUGAUGGUCCUGUGUCAGAGAUCUUUCGCAAGACACUGAAGGAUUUUCUCAUUGGCGCUGAAGCUGAAGUGAGGUCUUUGACCUCACUUUAUUCUAAUGUGGGUCGAAACGCGGAUGCAUUAGCGCUUUAUUUUGGAGAAGAUCCAGCGCGAUGUCCAUUUGAGCAAGUAGUCACAACACUCCUAAACUUUGUGAGAUUGUUCACACGCUCCCAUGAAGAGAACUGUAAACAACUGGAUCUUGAAAAGAAGAAAGCUCUGAAGGAAGCAGAAGAGAAUAGUAAGCAACUGGACCUUGGAAAGAAGAAAGCUCAAAAGGAAGCAGAAACAGAGAAAACAAAAACUCUAAAGGAAGCAGAAGAUAACAGUAAGCAAUUGCACCAUGAAAAGAAGAAAGCUCAGAAGGAAGUAGAAAUAGAGAAAACAAAAACUCUGAAGGAAGCAGAAGACAAUAGUAAGAAACUGGACCUUGAAAAGAAGAAAGCUCAGAAGGAAGCAGAAACAGAUAAAACGGAAAAUAAAUCCGAUAAUGAGGAAGCAUGUAAGAAAGAAUCAGCAAAUGAUAAAGGUUCAAAAAAAGGAAUCGGCAAAUGAGAAAGCUAAGCUAAACAAUUCGAUCAAAGAGUUAGAUAUAUCACCUCAACCUCCUGCACAAACUGCUAGUGCCAAAUGAUGACAGUACCAGAUGAACUAGGGAUAAUAGCUUUUUUGACAAUGGAGGAAAGUGGAUUCUGCCUCUUUCCGAUGGUGCUCUCUCGCUUGCUGUCUGUUAGGUGAAUCAUGCAGGGUAUUGUGGAUCUGACAUUGAAGUAAAACUAGCUGUAACAAGGAAGUCACUAACUGCACUGUUAAUACUUUCUCAGGGGGCUGUUGAAGAAACGACCCUGGGGACAAGCUGUACAAAUCUGACAUAAUGAUAGUUUGCCUUUUGGGUAUAGAUUAUCCUUAAUAUUUGUUAUCUUCUUGAUUGCAUGUAGCUAAUGUCUCGCAUAAUGUAAAAAAUAAAAUAGAUCAAUAGAAUAACUACUGAUGUAUGUCUAGGUAAUUAGGCUUUUCUUAGCUGUUGUAAAAAUAAAGUUCCGUUUGCACGGAAUGUUGUUUCUUUAGUCUACUCCCUACAUCUUCAAAAGAAUGCAAUUCUCAUUUCCUGAGAAGUCAAACGAUUUCAAGUUUUACCAAAUUUAUACAAAUAAUAUUAAUAUUUAUGUUA